UUCUGCUGCUGCGAGAUCCAGAUUUCCGACGGCGGCAGAGACUUGGCGCCCGCCCGCCUUCCUCGUGGGUCGGAUGCCUCAGUGGUUGGCGGACGAGGUCGGCCCUGACGAUGGCGCCAUGACUAGAGGAAGAGGCCCUGACGAGAAGGCUGGGAACAGAUGUCGGGGGAUAGCGGGGAGGAGGGAGAGAGGUGCCAGGGACGGGCAGAGUUGGUUUGGGAAGGAUUGGGGGGUCGUUUUUUCGGAGCACGUGCUCCGUGGCUGGUGCACCGUGGAAGGAUCGUUCGGUUCUCUGUGCAGCCACCACGGCUUAGUAGCAUUCGCCAGCCCCAUCAGGGACAUCAAGCGUGCAGACCUACACCUAAGAAAAAACUUCCAACCCUUGGUGACCGCGACCUGUCCACAAAAUUAACCGUCAACGGCGGGUACACCAUGCGGGCGCUGCCAGGCUCGUUCGCCCCACCGCCGCAAGGCCUUCCUCCAGGAUGCGGCCCUGCGCCCCCUCGCAGCAGUGCACACCGAUGGCCACCGAUGUGCAACGCUGCGGGGUGUG